AUGGGCGAGCAGCAGAUCUUCACCGCUACAUCAUUCUUCUCUCUUGCAGGUGUCGCAGGGGUUGCUGUCGCAGCCGUUGCAGCCUCUCGAGCCCUGCUACCAAAAAGUGCGACUUGGCAGGACAAGCUUACGUUCGUAUGGCUGGCUUUCGAUGGGAUCAUACAUCUUAUAUUCGAGGGGUCCUUCCUGUAUCUUUCGACUUUUGGCAGGUCUGUGAACACUAGUACAGGUGUCUUCGCUGAGAUGUGGAAGGAGUAUACCCUCGCGGACACGCGUUGGGGCGUUUCGGAUCCAACGGUAGUGUCGCUCGAGAUACUGACCGUGCUUGGCGGAGUCCCACUCUGCUGGUAUAUUCUGGGGCUACUUGUUAAAAGUGACCCGGCUCGCCACUACUGGAUCGUGGUCUUGUCUGUGGCAGAGCUUUACGGCGGGUGGAUGACGUUUUGUCCCGAGUGGUUAAGCGGAAGCCCCAGCUUGAAUACCUCCAAUAUCCUGUUUUUGUGGGUGUACCUUGUGGUAUGUGUUCUCGCCUCAUUUGCUCCGUGGUUCAUGAACAGCAUAUGGGUCGUGAUACCCUUGUGGUUAAUGGUUGAUUCUUACAACCACAUCGCCAGAUCCUUGCGCGAGGUCGCUAAAAUCAAGAGAAAUUAA